AUGAGAAUUGGGGUCUACUACCACUACUACUACAAAGAUACCCGGGUACCGCUCCAUGCGCACCAAAUCUCCUCUGAGCCCCGCGGCCCCCCCCCCCCCCCCCCUCGCCCUGUGCCGGACCACGCUCUGAACUCCACCACCCCACCCCCCCCCCAACCCCCCCAGCCUGCCAUGCUCCUCCAGGCCGUGUGCCUGCUGCUGCUGCACUGCUUGGCCUCCGCGCUGGGCCAGUACGAACUGUGCAAGUCCCUGGUGAGCACGGAUGAGGGCUCGGUGUGGGAGCAGUACGCGUGCCAGCCGAAGACCGCCUCCAUGAGGGACUACAUGCGGAUCAAGGUGGACCCGCCGGGAAUCACCUGCGGAAACCCGCCCGAGAGGUUCUGCACCCUGGAGAACCCAUACCUCUGCAGUGAUGAGUGCGACGCCUCCAACCCGGACCUGGCGCACCCUCCUCAGCUGAUGCAGGACAAGGAACGCAACGGCCUGCUCACCUACUGGCAGACGGUCACGUGGAGACGGCACCCGGAGCCCCUGCUGGCCAACAUCUCCAUGGCCUGGAACAAGAGCCUGGAGCUCACGGACGACGUCCAGGUCACCUUCGAGUACGGCCGUCCCUCCAUCAUGGUGCUGGAUAAGUCCAUGGACCACGGGCGCUCGUGGCAGCCCUACCAGUUCUACGCGGACGACUGCAUGGACGCCUUCAACAUGCCGCCCAAGCGCGUGCGCGACCUCUCGGCCGCCAACAUCACGCGGGUCAUCUGCACCGAGCAGUACUCGCGCUGGGUGGGCUCCAAGAACGACAAGAACGUCAAGUUCGAGGUGCGGGCGCGCUUCUCCGUGUUCGCGGGGGCGCGGCUGCAGAACAUGGACGGCCUGUACACGCGCAUGGAAAGUAUGAAGGGCUUGAGGGACUUCUUCACCUUCACCAACCUGAGGAUGAGGCUUCUCAGGCCCGCCCUCGGGGGCACCUACGUCCAGCGGGACAACCUGCUCAAGUACUUCUACGCCAUCUCCAACAUCGAGGUACCAGCCAGGUGUAAGUGUAACCUCCAUGCCUCCCAGUGCCUGCUGCAGGAUGGGAACCUCCAGUGCCAGUGUGAACACAACACCACGGGCCAGGACUGCCAGCGCUGCAAGAAGGGCUUCAAAGCCAAGUCCUGGAAGGCUGGCUCCUACCUGCCGCCACCCAACGGGACCCCCAACUCCUGUACAAUCGCUGGUUCUCCCUCCGGUUCUAACUGCGAGUGCUACGGCCACUCCAACCGCUGCAGCUACAUCGACUACCUGAACAUCGUCACGUGCGUCAGCUGCAAGCACAACACCCGGGGCCAGAACUGCCAGCACUGCAGACUGGGAUACUUCCGCAACGCCUCCGCCGAACUGGACGACGAGAGCGUCUGCGUCGAGUGCAACUGCAACCAGAUGGGCUCGGUUCACGACCGGUGUAACGGCACAGGCUUCUGCCAGUGCAAAGACGGCGCCACAGGGGCCAAGUGUGACGACUGUGAGCCGGGAUACUACUGGAAACAAGGCUGUUACUCCAACGUCUGCGACGAGGAGAUGCUCCUGUGUCAGAACGGAGGAACGUGCUACCAGAGCCAGAAGUGCGUCUGUCCCCCGGAGUUUAAAGGGGUGCUGUGCCAACAACCCCGCUGCGAGGCGGGCACGGACUGCAACGCCGCCUCUUCCCUGCACCCUCCCACGGCCGCGCUGCUGCUCUGCACUCUGCUAGCCCGCCUGCUGGCCACGCCAAGUCCGCACUGAGCCACGAGAGAAGAAAAGAAAAGAAAAAAAAACUCAGACCUCGGCGGGUGUGUGUAUGUAUGUGUGUGUGUGUGUGCGGGAGGUGAACGGUGACCCCCCCCCCCCGGGAAUGGCAUGGGCCGCCGCCCCUGCUGUCGUGGACCCGCACAUCCCAGCGAUCGCACACACACACACACGCACGCCUCCUAUUAACACACACACACACACACAUACACAUAUAUAUAUAUAUGUAUGUAUACACACACACACACACACACACACAACAGGACUGUUAUGAUACCGAUUGUGUGUGCUCAGGUGUGAGAAGGACGAACAGAGAAGAAAAAGGUGAGCGGUCUCAGAGAUUAAAAAGAUGCAGAUGAAGGGUGCAAGAAAAAGAAAAAAAAUGAUACCAACCACUGUUCCCUUUAUUCCUGAGCUGGAGCAACGUGCAUCAAACCAAAAAGCAUAAGCAAGACACUUAAAAUCAUCACUAUUUCACCACCCUACGAGGAUCUUCUCUUUUUUUUUUUCCUUCUUUUUUUCUUGGUUGAGUUAAAGAUCUCACCUGUUUGACUGGCACCACCUGUGCGUGUGCGUGUGUGUGUGUGUGUGUGUGCGCGUGUGCAGUCAGACUCGGUGAGAGGACGCGACAUGGCGGACGAGGCCAGAUGUGCGUUGGAUCCUGCUGCUGAGGCCUACAUAGUAUAUAACCCAGGUUUCAUUUCUUUCUCAAAAGAUGAUGACUUUAUUUUACCUUUACUAUAUUUCUGCUGCAUUCUUUUUUUUUAUUAUAUCUUCAUUGUAUUUAAUGUGCCCACUAAGAGUCGCUGAGAUUAUACAUAUUAUAUAAUAUCCAGGGGGCUACGAAUAAUAAAAAUUUAGUCACUAUUACGGUUGUCAUAGGAAUGAGUGAUUGUUGCCACAUUUAGCGAGAUUUAAUUUUCACACAGUAUUCAGGAAGCAGAAUUUAACAGAAUAUACCUUAUCAGAAGUCUAAAAAAAGAGAGAAAAGAUAUCGACCACGUAUCAAUAUUAUAUGACAUUAUUUGAAUAUUUUUUGUAGAAAUUAUUUUUGUUUGGAGUUACAAUAAAUUAUAAAAAAUGACAUUUACAACUAUUCCAAAUGAGCAUUUUAUUACACCGAGUGUAAACCUUGCAGUAAAAUGACUGUUAUUUGCCUUCUUGCUUGUGCUUUUGUCACUCAAACAAGUGUCCGCGGUUACACGCUGUUAACAUCAUCUUUUUUUCCCCAGCGGGGUGAAAAAGUCGUCCUUUUUAACCAUUCAAUCCAUGUUUGACGUUUGUGUUGAAUGCUCUUAAUUACACACUAGUCCAACAGUCACAAAGAACUGCUUCACGUCUGGAGAAUAUAUAAUAUUUUAUUCUGAUAACAGUUGCAUAGAGGUCUUUGUAUCUGAAAAUGUCACUUGCAGAUCCAGAACAACUGAUGCACUAAUUAUAAAAUGUGUUCCACUGUACAAACAAUGGAGAUAUACUGAUUCCUGAGAAAGAAGGACUGACCCCGAGGAUGGACGUCACAUUUUUAACUCUCCUUUGCAAGGCUGUUCCACUAACAGGUUGGGUUUCCUAAAAGAAAUAAUAUUUUCCACACCAUGAUUUCCCAGAGAAGUGUUGCAUUGCAGAGUCUGCCCAGGUACACGGUGGAUAAAGAGAUGUGAACGCGGCAUUACACCAGGACGCCGUGCACAUCCAAGAUAAAAGCCAGGCUAAGCCGGUGAGAAAUGACAAGACAAGGGAUCCUUGUAUUACUCCUUUCUGAGCCGCUGGUUCCUGUGCUGGCUGUUCUGUGUGUGUGUGUGUGUGUGUGUGUGUGUGUGUGUGUGUGUGUGUGUAGGCCUCAUCCCCUUUGAGCUGGGAGGGAACGCUUUAUGAACGUACAACAUUGAGAAGUGCUGCAAAGGAA